AAUUUUAAUCAAUAAAUACAUUUUUGCACAUUUUUGUAAAUGCAUUGACUGAUGGGAGAAACGUUUAUAUAUUUAACUUCAGUUCGCUUUUAAUUACAGUUUGUGUCAACCUUACACUCUGACUGAAUGUGUACAAGACAAUGUCACAAUUUUAAUUUUUAUCACUGUAUUCUCACUAACCUGCUAACAGUAACAUUUAAAUAUUACGUAAUGUCAGGGCACGGACAGUACCUGUUCUAGCAGGAGGGUUAAUUUUGACGUCGCUGCACACACAUGUCAAAGUAUUAUACUUAUGAUGUUAGAGAAGAAAAUGAAAUGGCUUGUAAGAGAUGGAGGUAGGAUGAUGAACAAUUAGUUACUGACAUAAAAGGGUAGAGAGGAAAGGUAGAGAAGAUGGAGAAGGAUACAGGAGUUACUCCCCCUUUUAGUCAUACAUCAUCAGUUACUUCCCUUCCCACUAAGGAAAUAGAGACAACAGUAUCUGGGACGAUGUUGACAGGGAGCAGUAGAUCUAGCAGUGACCUUGGUGUACUGAGACCUUUAACCCUACGUGAGGUAUGGGAGAUAUAUAUCAAAGCUGUGAAAAGUCAGGAUCAAUCAGCUGAUAAUGUGGAGAAACAAUCAUAUUUGCUGAAUGUUCUCCUCAAGAUGUGUGCAGCUGAAAUGAGAGAAGGACAACUGCCAAACUUUAGUGAUAUGAGGAGUGUGUGUAGUCAACUGUGUAAGGAGUUUAUGAGUGACAUUUUACACAUCACAAGCAGAUCUGAGGAUAAUGAUGUGACACAAUUACAGAAUUAUCUCCUGGAGGGGCGGGGCUGGAUCUUGCUCCAAGUUAUACACAACAAAGGCAUUCAGACUUUAACUGGAUAUAGAGAUUUUGCCAAGCUGCUUGUGUCACUUUUACCCUGGUGCUUAAAUUUUCCCCUCAAAUCUACUGAUGGUCAAGAUAUAGAUAUAUCACAGUAUUACACCAUACCCUCAGUCACUGACUGCUUCCAAAAUAUACUUAAAAUAUGUCAAACAAAACAAGGACAAUCACGAAACCAGUCAGUACCAUCUACCAGAUUAAAUGGCUUAACAUCAAAAGAGCGUGUAGCUAAGGAUGGUGUCUCAACAGGUAAACGUAGGUUCUCAAAGAGGAAAUCAGAUGAUAGUAAGGAUAUGAGUGUAGAUUCUGAGGAGGAAAGUUCAGAAACAAAGGAUGACAGGUCAAAGGGUAAGCUGAGGAAGAAAUUCCGCUAUUGUUCUGUACGUGGGUAUGGAGAUAGUCGAACACAACCUAAAGCUGAUUCAGAAUCUGAUGAUGAUGACAUAGAAACUUUGAUAAAAAGCAUGAAUAUAUCAGAUAAAAAUUUUAUAUCAGGAUUUGAGUUAUGUAUUAUGAUAUUAGAACUCUUGUAUGAACUAACUUUGUCUGAUCUCAAUGAAACACCAAGUGGUAAAAUGAUCUCGCCAGUAAUAUUGCCAAGUUUGCUACAAUGUCUUGUUAGCUCAGAGAGUGAUAUGAAACAUGAGGAUGAAGAUGAUACUGAUAUGUAUAAUGCAAGGAUUGUGAUAAGACGUCAUUUAGUUCGAGUUGUCAUCACAUGCAGUGGUAUAACAGCGGCACAACCUAAUGGUAUGAACAAUCUAAUUUCUCACAGAGUAAUAGAACAACUGCUCACUACAGGAAUGCAUACAUCUGUAUACCAGUCAGACAGGUCAUACUCAGACCUCCUCCGCAACUGUAAGAAUGAAAUUUGCCUCAUGUCUGACAUUGUUAUUGGUACACUUCUCUGUUUGACAGUAGUGUUUGAAAAUUUACCUUUCAAUCUGAGUUUUAUCAAAACUGCACUGCGUCUUGUGGAAGAGUUUGAUGAUCAAAAGGGAUUUCAAAUGUUAGAACAAUGCAUCAUGUUCAAUGAUUGGUUGAAAACUUCUUCAUCUGAGUCAAUGAUUGGUCAAAUGCUAGAUGAUGAACCAAUCAAAAUAGUUGGUUCAUUCUUGAACACAUUGAAAGUUGUUAGGGUGAAUUAUGUUCAUUCUAUGAAAUGUGUGAAAAGGAAACAUGUCCAAUGUUCAUACACCCAGUACUAUGAUCACCAUCAUGAUAUAUUAGGUGUAGCAGCAGUACGGGAAGAUUCGGGAGCAGAAGCUAGAAGAGAUCAAGGUAAUCUGUCUCUAGGUGGGAGAAGACCCUCUCAAUCAUCAGUAGCAAGCCUGAACUCACAGUACAGUACACAAGUCAUUUGUCUUGUGUCAUCAUGCACUCAAUUCUUGCUUGACCUUUUGACAAAGGUCACAACUAAGAUAACUAGAUUAGAUCUUCUGAAGACUAUUUACUCAUCUGGCAUCUGUUGUUGUAUGAAACUAGAAAACAUUAUGGCAGCUUUUGUGAUAGGAAUACAGAAAUUUUCUCCAGCAGUCAGAAUGUUCAGUAUAGAUACACUAAACUGUAUCUUACUGGAACAUUUCUCCGGUGGUAUAUCGUACUUCAGAGGAGAUAUUCCGAGUCUAUCAUGUUCAUUUUGUGAGAAAGAGACUGUAAUUCAACAUGAAAUAAAAGAUAAAAACUUGUGUUUAUCAAAGGUCCAUGGAGAUAAUCUUGAAGGGAAAGGUUUGGAUAGUGGCAUUGAUAGCAGUGAUGUUAACAGAGAAGCCAAGUUGUCUGCAUUUCAAAAACUCUCAAAGUGGAGGGCUGUCUCUCAGCUGAAUGCUCUCUUAUAUUCUGAUGAUGAAACAGUAGCAAUUUCUAUUGCAAAGCAUCUGUUGGUCCUAGCAAUUAAAGGUAACCCAUAUCUGAAAGCUGAACUUUUCUUCAGUUUGUACAGUCAUGCAUUAGACUGUGUGAAGAAGGAUUCAGGAAAGGUUGAGAAAGGAACACAGACAUUGUCAAAGUCAGUACAAGUUCAUUGUUUGUCUGCCCUUCCUUACUUACUUCAAGCAAACUGUGUAACUAAAGUGUUCCUGUCAAGAAAGGGGGUUCGUAAACUAUGUGAACUUCUAGAAGAUGACAUAUUGAGAGCUCCAGUACUGAGAAUCUUUGAAGCGUUAGUUGUUCUAGAUGGUCAAAAGUUAACAAAUGACAAGAAUGUUGAUAAAGAAGAAUGCCCCUGUCCAUACAAUGGUGGGGGAGUUAUAGAUGCUUUCAUUAUUGAAUUAUCAAAACGUUCAUUUAGUAACACUGACAUGUACCAGGAUGAGUCAGAUAAAGGUUGUAAGGGUCGUAUUAGACGUGAUAGUGCCGUUCUAUCCAAAUUUUCUCUACCUGUUCUUGUAGACCUAUGGGAAACAUGUGCCAAAUUAUGUCUUCACAGUCAUAUAUUUGUUUCUCAGUUUAUUGAAACUCAAAGUUUCGGUAAAACUGAAGCAUUACUGUUGGAAACUUUGGAUGUGAUAAUGACCCCUGAUCUGAUUGGCCAUCUAAAGUCACAUGGUAGUUUAGAAGCGGAGGAUUCUGGGCUAGACGUGGAACCAGCUGUGGAAAUGGAAAGAGGGGAUCAAGAAAGUUUCUUCCAAAGAUUGUCAUUGUUUGAGUCACUGGUCAUUGUAACAAGUGCCGGACAUAAACAACUAGGUAUCAAGCAAUACAUACAGUUAAAGGUAUGGCAGAGGAUGAGAGAGAGGUUUACAGACAAUGUUAGACUACCACCAACAAAACUAAAAUUGUUACUGGACACAGUGAUGAAUGCUGCCAUGCCACAGUUUGUCUCUCUUCUAGAAUACUCUUACAGCAAAAACAUAGCUCUAGUUCAUGUAAGAGAUGAUGAUAUACAUGAUGAGGAUGAAGUCCGCCAGUUAUUACAGUCAGCUAGUGAUGAUGACAAUGAAAUACUUACAGAGAUUGGUUAUGAUGCUGACAGUGAGGAAACUAACAAUGGUGAUAAUGAAAAAGACAAGAGAAUACAAUGUAGCUCACUUAAGUCCAGACUUCCACACAAGAUCUACUUUCCUACAACAUUUGGAUUACUAUUUGAUUUACUAGUGUUGCUACGACAACAGGAAUACAACCAUUCUGUGGUUAGUGCUGUGUUGUAUAAACUUCUACAAAAUGUCAAAAUGGAUGUGAACCUGACUAAAGCCCUCUGUGAACAGAAUGUUUCAAGUAUUAUUCUUGGAGAUGAGGGAUUCUGGGACAGCUUGCUGAAAGCUGAUCUAGAGGAGACAGAAAACCUUCUCGGAUUAUUAGAACAUGUAGGACAGUACAGAUUAGAGUCACACGACCUGCAGAAAAUUCUAAUGAUGUUCCAACAUUCAGAUAUACCCAUGGAGAAAUUGUUAGAUGUAUUUCUGACAAUUCUAGAGAAGUCUCCAGUAAUCUCACAUCACAGUAUAAAGUUUCCAGUUUUACGAUGUGAAAGGUCACAGAAAUUGAUGGAGGAUGAGGAGAUAGAAAGUGGGAUGUUUGAGGCGCCACCUGGGGGCAUAACUCCUCUCAUAAAGACUAUGUCAGAUACUGUCACUAAUCUAUUCUUGUCCAAUUUCCAGAAGGCAGAUAAAACAGAUAUAUCAGAUAUGAAUAUUGAGCAGGAAGUGUGGACUACAUGUGCUUUGUUGACUGGGUUAAAAGAUACUGUAUCCUGGCCUCCAUUACAAGUUGGUGUCACUGUCUGUAUGUGGGUGUGUCUACAGAAAGAACAGGGUCCAAGAUUUAUGCAAAAAGUACCAGUAUAUGACAUUGAAACAGGAGAGAUGAAGGGUGGUCAAAGUGAUCAGAUUACAGCCAGCACAGUUGCAGGGUGUAUACAUGUUGUCUCCAUAGGAACUAAGGAAAAACUACUGGAAAUAUGGGCUGACACACUCACUGGCUCUCUCAACUUGAGACUAACAAGUGAAGUGAGUGAUGCGGGACUUGUUGUGAAGGAAUACAAGUUGAAUGGAGUGAUCUCCCCUGAUAGAUGGCAGCACCUUGUGGUCAGUUAUAAGGAGGGAUAUGAUGGUAGUACAGUGAUGGGAAAUGUAAACAUAGUUAUAGAUGGUUGGCAGAAUCACAAGACUGUAUUAGACCACGCCCAUUCAUCAAUCAGGUCUCGACACAAGUCAUCACAACUUCAACCUUACCUGUGUAUUGGUCAUACAGUCACUAGUAUACACAAGUCUCAACUCGGUGCCUGCCACUUAGGUCAUAUAUUGCUACUUAAAGGUGCUCCCUUGUCUAAAGAGUUGUGUUUCCACCUGUACACUAUGGGACCUAACAACAGAUCUAUUUUGAAAUGUGAUUCCAGUUCAAUAUAUAGUGUAUAUGCUCCACAUCUCAACAAAAACACGGUGUUAUAUUCACGAAUAGACUAUGAUACAUUAGUGGGCAUCAAGAGGGUUGACUUUACAGAACUUAGGAAUAAUUUGUUGCUGACCUACCAACCAAAAGAAUGUAAACAAAUGUUGGAAUAUCCACCAGUCUGUAAACUAGCUCCAAAUCAAAGUUCAAGUAACCUUGCCUAUGCCCCUGAUGCUCAGUUAACACAACAACCAAAAGUGAUGACCCCAGUGUUUCAAGGUCAUCUCAGUUGUAACAGCAGUACAAGUCUUGAAAUGGCCAUUGAAGAAUCAGGAGGAAUUGCAGCUAUAUUAUUCCUAGUUGCCAAGGUAUAUGAGCGUUGUCCGGAGAGUAUGGAUACAGUAGAGGCGGAGAAGAUACAGUCGGAGGUAUUAAAGGUGUUAAUGUGUAUCAUGCAUCAUUCAUCACAGUUACAACAAGAAUAUCUCAACAUUGGAGGUCACGUCUUACUCUGUAAAGUCCUUACUAGCAGUAGAAGUGUGCCCGGACCUCUAACACUCAAGGUACUAAUGGAUGCAGCUACAACAGAAUCACUGUACAGAUUUCCUCCUGGCUCCACUGACAUGGUACUCAAACAUAAAACAGACGCUGUUAUACGUGAUGUCACCAUCAUUGAACAUCUGAUACUUGAUUGGUUGAUCUGGGAACGAUGUAACCAAUCAGUGAUGGAGAUGUUGUUUGCUGGACUGGCAUGUUUGGUACAGGAGGAACAUCCACAUCAGAAUUAUAAUAUUAAACAAUACCAGGCCAUAAAUAUUGUCAAUAAAAUUUUCAAAAUUUAUCAG